UCAACAUUGUAGUUGAAAUUCUUUGUCGAUAUGAUAAAUUGAUUUGAUUUGAUUAUGGUCGAUUCAAUGUCCACAGAUUCGGCUAAGCCGGAAUUUAUCAAUCUAAAUGUUCAUAAAGCUGGAUUGGAUGGAUUGGAUCAGCAACGAAUCAAUCAGAUUAUUCAAGAGGCAAGUAAAGGUUCGAAUUUUUAUACAUUUCAACAGCGACGUCAAAAACGUAUCAAUGAACAAAUUGAACAAUUGAAAAAACGUGCCAAUUCGAUAACCGAUGUCCAACGACAACAAGCGAUGAAAAAAGCGGAUAUGAUCAUUGCCGAUCUUGAACAACGACGAGUAUUGAACAAAAUUAUUGUCCAUUUUGAUAUGGAUAUGUUUUUCGCGGCUGUAGAAAUCAAAAAAGAUCCCAGUUUGGCUGAUGUACCAAUGGCUGUUGGAUCAUUAUCAAUGAUUUCAACAAGCAAUUAUAUUGCCCGUCGAUUCGGUGUACGUUCAGCGAUGGCCGGUUUUAUAGCAAAAAAGCUUUGUCCACAAUUAAAAUUGAUUAAGCCCAAUUUCAAAAACUAUGCCGCAGAAAGCGAAUUUGUGAUGAAUAUCAUUCGUCAAUAUGACCCAAAUCUUCGAACAUUUUCGUUGGAUGAAGUUUUCAUUGAUUUAACGGACUUUGUUUUUGAUGGUUAUUCGAAAAAGAAUAAUGUUCCACUUGAAGAUCUUUAUUGUAUGGAUGUAUUAUCCGAUGAUAUUUGGCAAUUUACUAAUGAAGUUGUCACAGAAAUACGUGCCAAAGUUCAUGAAGAAUCUCGAUUGACUGUUAGUGCCGGUAUAGCUUGCAAUACAUUGUUGGCCAAAGUUUGUACGGAUAUCAAUAAACCAAACGGACAAUUUAUGGUCAAAGGGCAACGUGAAGAAAUCAUGGAUUUUGUAUCACAAAUUCAAAUACGAAAAUUCACCGGAAUCGGUCCUGUUAGAGAUCAAAUUCUUUCAGCCUUCAACAUUGUCAAACCAACAGAUUUGUUUAAUGAACGAGUUUUAUUGUCAUGUUUGUUUGGUGACAUUGAUUAUUAUCUCCGAGUUUAUCUUGGUAUUGGUUCAACACAUUUGUCAAACAAUGAAUCAGUACAGCAAAAAUCACAUAGCCGAGAAAGAACUGUGGGCGAAAUGAGCAAUUUUGAUGACAUUUGUCAUUUGCUAAAAGAUAUUUCACAUCGAUUAUCCAAUGAUCUGAAAAACGAACAACAAAUUUGUAAAACCAUAACAUUAAAAUUGAAAAAGAUCAAUUUCGAAAUGUUCAUCAAAUGUAAAACUAUCGAUCAUUACACUGAUGAUGAACAAAUAGUGUUUCGUGUAGGUAAAGAAUUGUUAUCACAAGAAAUGCAAAAAUCUCCACAAAAUAAAUAUCGAUUAAUUGGUCUUAAAGUUUCUAAUUUGUGCAAUAUAUCAAAUGCUAACGAUAAAGUUGUAUUACCCAGUGAUCAAUUAACAUUAUCAAAAUUUUUUCAAACAUCAACUAAACGAAAAGCUAUAGAAUCGGAACCGGAUUCGACUCAUUCAAUUGAUCAAAUUGAUGAUUCAUCAGAUUCAAAUUUUAAUGAAAAUGGUGAAUUAGAAUGUAAUCUAUGUGAAAGAACAUUUACUAGAAUAACGAAAUUUCGAUAUCAUCGACAAUUUUGUCGUGGUAAUACUGGUGAUUCAAUUUAUGGAUUGUCUUCCGAUAGCGAUGAUGAUGAUGAUUGUGAUGGUGAUGGUGAUGAUGAUUAUUCAUAUUCUAAUUCUGACAACAACAAAGAUAAUGAUGAUGAAUCGUUUGUCGAAAAUGAUGAUAAUCCUUAUAUUAACAAUGGUGAAUUGUCAUCGGAUACGAUCGGCAAUAAACAAGAUGGAAACGAAGCACAAUUUCUAAAAUGUCCAGUUUGUCAAUCAAAUACAUUGUUCAAUACAAACGAAGAUCUUAAUCGACAUAUUGACAUUUGCCUGAAUAGAGAAGUUUGUAUUGAAUUGACAGCGAUUGCUGACAAGCAAAAAUCUGAUGAUUCUUCUUCCAAUAUGAAUAUCGAUUCAUUAGUAUCACCAAUGAAAAAUAUUGAUUCAUCGGCAUCAUCACAUUUAUCGUUGUUAUGUAAGUCAAAUAAGAAAAAAUCCAAUAAAAAGAAACGACUUACAAGUACUACUGGGACUGAUAGAUCAUCAUCAUCAUCAUCAUCAUCUUCGAUAAUACAAUCUGCCAAUCAAACAAAAAUCGAUCAUUAUUACGAAUGGCGUAAAUGA